GUCAUGGCUUUUUUAUAUGAUAAAAAAAAAUAAUGAAUGGAUGCUGAAUGUGAACAUAGGAAAAGUAAAACUAGGAAAAGAAGUAGAGAAAAACCUUCCUAACCCUUUCCUUCCCCAUUUCACCUUCCUUCUCCUACCAUUUAUUAUUACGAGUAUUAGAUUCCUACAAUGGUUCCUACCCAUUUCCAUUGAAUUGUACAGAAAACCAUCAGCUAAAACUUUAACGCCCCAAUCGCUGUCCCUUUGUCACCUGUUCAUAUACAAGACUGAUUUGUGCAUAUAUAUUUAAAAAAAAAUUAACAAUAUUUUUGAAUUACUGUUAUUUUCAGUGGGUGUUCUGAGUCUUGGGGUAUGGUAUUUUCUGUAUAAACUUUCUCUUUAGUCUUAUUGCAGAAGAAACUCAUCAUACCCACUAUUUCUAUAUGUGCUGCAGAAGAGCAAUAAGGGGACAAUCAAAGUCGUAGUUGCAUAUAAAUCUCCAUUUCUUUCAAAAAAUCUUUUUGAAUAAAGCUGUGUCUUUUUUUAAUCUAUUUCAAUUUCUGGGAAAAAAAAAGCUCACAGAUAUGGGAAAGCAAGGACCUUGCUAUCACUGUGGUAUUACAAGCACCCCACUUUGGCGUAACGGGCCUCCAGAAAAGCCAGUUCUAUGCAAUGCAUGCGGGUCGCGUUGGAGAACAAAAGGAACAUUGGCAAAUUAUACCCCUAUGCAUUCUAGGACGGAUCUCGAUGACUCUGAUACCUGCAACGGGUCUAAGGGAAAACCAUUACCCUUUAGAAACAAAGAAGAAAAGGUGGUUAUGAAACGAAAGCAGAAUCAUUAUCAGCAACAUCCAACAGUUGGAGUUCCUCCUGAUCAUAAUCACGGUUUGCACAAGCUUUUAGUUGAGGAUACAAGCAACAGGUCAAGUUCCGGCUCUGCUGUCUCAAACACUGAGAGCUGGGCGGAAUUUGUUGGCACUGAAGUAAGUGAUAUGACCGGUCCUGCUCAGCCUAAUGGGUGGGAUUCAACAGUACCUUGUAGGAAGCGGACAUGUGUCUCUCGCUCAAAGCCAUCUCCAGUUGAGAAGCUCACCAAAGAUCUAUACACUAUUUUGCACGAACAGCAACCUUUUCUCCCUUCUGGAUCUUCUGAAGAGGAUUUGAUCCUUGAGAGUGAUAAACCAAAUAUGGUAUGUGUUGAGAUAGGGCAUGGAAGUAUGCUCAUUCAACAUCCUUUGUCAAUAGGUAGAGAAGAAGAAUCUGAAGCCAGCUCUCUAUCAGUCGACAACAAACACCACCCUACAAACGAGGCAUAUUCCCAAUUGGCUAGUCAUGUUUAUCAUAAUAAUAAUAACAAAAGGGGUGUUAUUAGUUCACAAAAUGUGUGGAAUGAAAGAGGCAAGAAGUAUACCGGUCAAGGAUUUGAACAAGAGCUAGUGAAGAGGGAAAAGGAUCACCUUGAAGAAAUGCAGAAGCUCGGGCAUCUCAGCUCACCCUUGCACUAUAUGGACCUCAAAGGUUUAAAUCAUAAACAAAACAACACAUGCUAUGAAUUUGCUGGAGGGCCAGGUGAUGUUGGCUCAGUUUAUGUUAAAAGAUCACGAGAUGAACAGAAUCAGAAGCCACCCUCAGGAGGAAAGAGUGUGAUGAAGACUCCUCCCAUAAGGGUGAUAAUUAGAGGCACACAUGAGCAGAAGGAAGGCAUUGAGAACGAUGGUAGUUGCUUCAGCCCGAAGCAUCUGUUUGAAUUGCCGCCUGAUAAUAGUUCCCUAUUGUUGGAUUCUUGUGGUUUUUCCACUGAAUGUUCUGAUCAGGACUUGGUGCUGCUGGAUGUGCCAUCAUCAUCCAACAACAGCUCCUUCCCUCAAGCAGAACUACUAGUGACAACCAGCUCCUGUGCACAAGCAAGCACUAUUAAUAGCUGUGUCCCCAAAUCGUUUGGAAAUACAGUUGAACCGUCCUCUCAUUUAUAGGCCUAUUAAAGAGUGAUCUCAUCAAUUAUAGGCAUCACGACUGUUUCUCUUUUUUCUUUCUUUUUGCUCAAUAUGCUGACACCUAGCAGCAAUCCAUCAUGUGAUGGGCAGCCCUCUUGCCUAUUUUCCUUUUAUGUGCUUAUAAUUUUUGUUUUCGUUUGAGCAUAUCAGAUGGAUUUUUUUAAUGUUCUUGCAUGAGUGAUGAGUGAUUGUUUUUAUACACAUUAUACAAUGUUCUAUACGUAUUUUACAGUCAGAAACAAUGUAUACCACCGAUCCCAACAUAGUUGGAAUUGGGGUGGUGGUAAUGAUGAUGAAUUAUACAUAUUGUUAAAAUACAUAUCCUGCAACUUAAGAUGGUGCUGAUGUGAGUCCUGCAUCAUUUUUCUUAAUGCAGUUUUAUUAUAUUUGAGACACUCUUCCCUUA